UUGAUUUCCAACCGAAAGCGCUUUUUUGCCUUGGAGACAGGAACCUUGUAAAGAACAGACAGGAACAAAGACCGAAGAGACGAUACACAAACUAAAGUGGGAUAGUUUUGAAUCUUUUUUUUUUUAACCAUACAGUGGCUUUGUGCUGAAAGAGAGACUCGAUGUCGUCGCCGUGCCUCAGCAGCAUCUUGACUCACGCCAACCUGACGAUGUAUCAGACUGGCUUACCCGACAUCCCCCCACAGCAGCUCCAUGCGCUGCCCACCAUCCACACUUUGGAGAGCAGAAGUUACAACACAAGAGGUCACUGGUACAAACAGAUCAGCCCUCACCAAUGGACGGCAGAGCACGUUCUAGAGUGGAUCAGCGACCAUGUGGAGAGAACCAAGUUUGAUGCCAGCACCCUGAGUCUGGACUUCUGCUCCAUUGAUGGCCCAAACCUCUGCCGCAUAAACCAGGAAGAGAUGACUGCCGUUUUCGGCCCGCAGCUCGGCCCACAUCUUUACCAGAGCUUAGAAGAAUACAAGACCAAAUAUGAACUGCAGAGUCUCUCUGGACCAGAACUAAGUGAGACAUGUCAACUUCUUGAUAACUUUCUGGACAGCCUGAGCUUCCCUUUGCUGACCACGCUCAAAAUUGGCCAUGGUGAAGAAGCUGAAAUCAAGAGAAACUUUGAAUACCGCGAUGGUUAUGAUUUGACCAGAUUCACCAUGGAGUCCCUGACAACUUUGGACGACACUGAUUACCUUUCUGACAAUCCAUCUGACAGUGAAUGCAGUUCCUCGGCCAACAGUGGCACGUUUACAUUCAUGAGCUCACCAGAGUCCGGCAGCAGCGAAUCAGACCCUGAGUUCUAUCCAGUGUCAAAGGUCCACAUCAAAACCGAAGACGGAGACUGUCGCAUCAAGAGACCCCGAGGGCGGCCUCCUAAAGUCAACCGUGGACACAGCAGCAGCAUAUAUGACAACCCAAAAAAAAGCAAACAUGCACCACGUGGCACCCACCUGUGGGAGUUCAUCAGAGACAUCCUCAUCCACCCCGAGAAGAACCAGGGCCUGAUGAAGUGGGAGGACCGUCGGGAGGGGGUGUUCAAGUUCCUCAAGUCCGAGGCCGUCGCCCAGAUGUGGGGCCAGAAGAAGAAGAACACCAGCAUGACCUACGAGAAACUGAGCCGGGCCAUGAGGUAUUACUACAAGAGAGAGAUUUUGGAGCGGGUUGACGGCAGAAGACUUGUGUACAAGUUUGGAAAAAAUUCCAGUGGGUGGAAGACUGAGGAGAUUGGCAGCGGUAUCGGAGGCGUCAGUCUCUGAGCAGAUAGAGAUCACGAAGCCGACCAGCGCAGAAGUUUAGGAACCAGAAAAGCCUGUUUUUUGCCUGGCUGGGGAAAAAAGUCGUUACUAUCUGAAACUUUAAAAGACGAAACUUCCUCUUACGGGGAAGAUGUUGAAGAAAAUGUAAGCCAUUGUGUUUGGCUCCAGUAGGUUUUAUGAACCAAUAUUAAUGUUUCACAUGUUUUAUAUUUUGAUCCUCGUUACAGAAACUUUAGACAUAGUUCUGCUGAUGUUUUUGAGCCUUUGUAAACAAAGUAGCAGUUGUUCAAUAUUUGCGGUAGUUUGCAUAUAGUGUGUGUUUUUUUGUGUAUUUUUUUAAAAUUGUAAAUUCAUGACCGGCUAAUCUCUGUGCUUAAAGUUUUUGCUGUGGUACAUGGGUAUAAAUAAAUGAUACUGGAAAUAUCUAAUUUUCUGUAUUGUUCUGUCAUGGUUCCAUUGACAUACGAAACUCAAUUGUGGCUCUGAAUGUGAGAUUCGGAAAGCAGAAAUUAGAGACAGAACAGAAAGAAAUAAAUGUAGGUGAUGUUUUUUGUCACGUCAACAUUUACAUUAUGUUCUACCUAUCUGUAUGACUUGUUAUAAAGUGUGUAAAGCAUGUUCUCACAAUGUUUAUUAAAGAAUAACAGAUGAGUAAUCCUACUAUGUAGUUUACGGAUUUUAUGAUUAUAUAUAUUUUUUCACAUAACUGUUUCACUCGUCAAUCUCUGUAUUGGUGGAUGUGAGAAAUAAACCACAAUGCUAAUCAGUCAA